CCUUUUUUUUUUCCCUUCUUUAACCUCGAACAAGAAAAAAGCACAAAAUAUCAAACCCUAGAUUGCGCCAUUCACUUGCCAAUUCCAUCUAAAGAAAUCCCUAAUCCCCAAACUCUUCUUCUCAACUCCAAGAAACUGUUCAGUAUUCUCUUUUACUACAAAGAAUCCCGGCUCAGCGAUAACCAAACCCUAGAAAUCUCCCGCUUCUCUUCCCCCUAACGCCUCGCCAAUUUUGUUGGUUUCGAUGUGGGAUUAGUGUAUUGAUUGAGAGAGCUUGAGGGGAAAGAAAAGAAAAGGAAGAAAGAAAGAAAGAAUGAGUAGGCUAUCGUUUAGGCCACGCCCAUUAGACAUACACAAGAAGCUACCGAUUGUUAAGUCAUUUAAAGACUUCGAAGACGAUGAGACUCCUACUUCAGCUACUCGUAACGCUCAAAUGCUCCGCCUUGCUGCUGCCGAGGUUGAUACCGAGGUGCAACCUAUCCCUACCAAGAAACUUGCUCCUGAAAUACCUACUCCUCAGUUUGUUGUUGUGGAUACGUAUGAAAGAGAUUAUUCCCGCACGUUCUUUCAACCCACGUCCUAUUUACGAGCGAGGGGAGCCCGGGCUGAGAUUGGAGAGUUUGUUGAGUACGAUCUAGAUAAUGAGGAUGAAGAUUGGCUUCAAGAGUACAACAAAGAUAAGAAGAUUCUUGCACCUGAAAAGUUGGAGAGUCUUCUUUUUAAGUUGGAGGUGUUGGAUCAUAAAGCUCGGGAAAGAGCAGGAGUUAUAACACCUACUCUUGUUUCAAAAAUUCCUGUGCUUUUGACAAUGGAUGCUGCUAUUGAGGCUUUGCAAUCUCAAUCCAUCAAAUAUGGAGUCUUUCAGUCGGUUUAUAACUAUUGGAAAGAAAAGCGUGAACGGUGGCAAAAGCCUAUUUUACGGCGUUUGCAGCCUCCUCCACCAGUUAAUGAUAAUAAUCCCUACAAUGUCUUUAGGCCAAGGGAGAAAGCUCACAGACUUCACACGCGAAGGAUGCAAAGGAGAGAAAACAAUGUGCAGUCAUUUGAAAAGCUUCGCCAGGUGAGACGCAACCUAGACCAAGCCAAGACCUUACUUGAGGCUUUGAUUAAGAGAGAAGAGAAGAAGAGAGAUGUUAUGGAAUGUGAAGUUAGGCUUCAGAGGAUCCAGAUGAAGUACAAGCACGAAACUGAGCUCCUUGAAGAUAUUAUGCUUCCUGGAUUUCCACCAAUAUCUAGCAAGUUUGUUUCAAUUGAAGAUGAGUUUAUGGACUCAGAUGACCUUGCAAACAGUCGUCCACGUACAAGACCUGCUGCAGUUCAGAAUCCACCUCUAACAGAUUCUAAUGUAGCCAUGGCUCCUUCUGGAACCGUUAAGCAAGAGUUCCGGCGGCGACAUAUGCCACAUGGAUGGCUCCAUAAACUGGAUCCUCUUGAGCCAGUUUUGUUAUUCACAAAACCUCUAGUUCCGGAUAAGCUGGCAGCUGCAGGCAUUGUACCUCCAUCUGAUUCUUCAACAAAAAAUGGUGCUUCUGCACCGCCGUAUAAAUUUCAUGGAAGAAUGGGCCGUGGAGGCCGAAUAGUAUUUGAUAGAUGGAAUCCUCUGAUGCAUACUCCAAUCGAUUGCGGUAACUCUUUUUACAUACCGCCCAAGCCCCGGCCUUCAACAUAUGACUAAUUUGGUUAGUUUUGUUUUGUUCCGCCAUUGUAAAGAACUUACAAUUGAUAUUUAUUGAAAUGAUAUAUGUGGUGGGACUGAGCAAGAUCGGUAGUGAAUGUUUUUUGGGCCCUGCCUAGUGUGUUUUCCACAGCUGCAGUGGCUAUACAUAUAUGUAUCCAUUUUUUUUUUGGCCUAAAUCUCGUUUUGCAUAUAUGUUUUGGUGGGAAGGAAAACUUUUUUUAUCCAUCGGCUAGGUUAAUGUUAUGCCACUUCCUUUCCUCAUUUUGCUGCCUACCUAUGGAAUAAACCUUAGAAAAUGUAAAUUUACAAUUAACAAUUGUUGUUAGGUUUUUUUUUUUAUUUACUUUUAUUGGAACAUUUUAAUGGUUUUAAUUAGGUUAAUGUUACAAAUAGUCUUUAAAUUAUAGUAAAUGUUUAAUGUGAUAGUUGA